CCGGUAAUUUUGAUUAAAAUCUGUUUUUGUAUGCAACAUUUAACUUGUUCACAUUCGGUUAGCGUUGGAAAGUUAUUUAAGCUCGUGUACAUUUAAGAGCGCUUCAAAAACAAAAUGAAUUGCAAUUAUAUACUUUCAUAUUUCAUGUUUAUGUUAUCAAUUUGUAUAAUUGAUGCAACCUCGAAAAAUUUAACCAGCUGCGAUAAAACCAAACAGACUAAAAUCUUAGGCAGCUGUUGUAAUGUACCUAGAAAUGAUCAAUACAGCAAAUCCUGUCGCCAAUCUUUGCUGAGCCAGGCCAACCGUACCACAAACAAUGCCGAAACCCGUAAUUUAAGAUCGGAUAAAGUAGCUUUACAUGCAUGUAUGGCUGAGUGUGUUUUCAAAAAGAAUGGCUUCUUGUACUUAAAUGGUUCUGUUAACCUCGCCGUUAUGCAAAAGAACCUCGAGCAGCGCUAUAAAAAGGAUGCUGCUUUAGCGCAACUUGUUGUGAAGAGUUUGAAUAGUUGCGUGGAUUAUGCUAACACCCGCACAAAGCAAUUCGAAUGGAUGCACGCAAAGGACAAUUGUGAUUAUUAUCCAGCUACUUUGUUGGCCUGUAUAAUGGAACAGGUGUACCAAAACUGUCCGGCUUCUUUAUGGAAAAAUACGGAUGAUUGCGUAGCUAUGAAGAAGUAUCUGAUUGCCUGCGAUGAUCUAAAGAAAAGCAGAAAGUAAAAUGAAUAUGUUUUCA